AGAAUGCCACGGAUGGCGGCCUGCAGGCUGAGGACUGGACCCUCAACAUGGAGAUCUGUGACAUCAUCAACGAGACGGAGGAAGGGUGAGCUACUGACUACAUCACAUACACCAACACUUUCCCCUGACUGAUUGAUUACUAACUGCUGAAGACGACUUACUGCUAAAGACGGACUACUGGCUGAAGACGACUUACUGGCUGAAAGACGGACGACUGCUAAAGCGCUGACUGCUGAAGACGACUGACUGGCUGAAAGACGGACUAACUGACUGAAAGACGGGCUACCUGAUUGACUAACUGGCUGAAAGACGGACUAACUGAUUGACUAACUGGCUGAAAGAUGGACUAACUGAUUGACUAACUGGCUGAAAGACGGACUUACUGGCUGAAAGACGGACUUACUGGCUGAAAGACGGACUUACUGGCUGAAAGACGGACUUACUGGCUGAAAGACGGACUACUGACUGAAAGACGGACUAACUGAUUGACUAACUGGCUGAAAGACGGACUAACUGAUUGACUAACUGGCUGAAAGAUGGACUAACUGACUGAAAGACGGACUAACUGAUUGACUAACUGGCUGAAAAGAUAUGAUGACUAACUGGAUGAAACGACUUACUGGCUGAAAGACGAGACUUACUGGCUGAAAGACGGACUUACUGGCUGAAAGACGGACUUACUGGCUGAAAGACGGACUUACUGGCUGAAAGACGGACUGACUCACUGCUUGCCUUACUGACUGACUGAACAAGUCACUUGCACAAACACAAACCACUUAUUACACUCAAAAAUAACAAAUAGUGUGCACAAAUACAAUACAACUUUAUUGUCCAUUAGUUACAGCGAACAACAGACAUUUGUCUUCUGCUCUGCUCUCAAACGCCCUACACGGCACACAUCACACAUACAGUCGAGACAAGCACAGGGUCAAGCUGCAGUGCAGACAGAAGGGAACGGGAAAAUGCAAUUUUUUAGCUUAAUGAGAUGAAAGUUGUUGUUGACCCUCCUGAAAUCGGUUGAGUCUGUUGCUGUGGCCUUUAGGAACAACUGGAGGGAUUCAAACCCUCUACAAUUAUUUCCUCUUCCCCGAAUCAUUCUUCUGCUUCCCCUUUCUCUCUUUUUUCUCUCCCUUUCUGUCUCUCACAUUCCUCAUGCCCACAUGCACUCAAGCUUUGGCACACACACACACACACAUACACACUCACUCGCAGCCCCAGUCAGUCUAUUCUGCUUGACUGAACACUGGACUGUCUUGUGUUCCAGUCACAGUGGUUAACAGGUCAGGUCUGACUGUCUGCUGGCUAGCUGUCUGACGUCCUGGAAGAACACAAGACUUCAGUACAAUUCAGGGAAAAAAAUGACCCAUGUCUUAAUAUAUAUAUAAAUCAGGUUGAGAGAAUGCCAAGAGUGUGCAAAGCUGUCAUCAAGGUAAAGGGUGGCUAUUUGAAGAAUCUCAAAUAUAAAAUAUAUUUUGAUUUAACACUUUGUGGUUACUAAAUGAGUCAACGUGUGUUAUUUCAUAGUUUUGAUGUCUUCACUAUUAUUCUACAAUGUAAAAUGUUUUACAAAUAAAGAAAAGCUCUUGAAUGAGUAGGUGUGUCCAAACGUUUGACUGGUAGUGUACAUUUGGAAGGAAUGCCAGCUAGCAGCAAGACUAACUUUUGAGGUCAAUUAUUAUAUAGUCCCCCCGCUCACUCUCUUUCCACUAAUGCCGCUUAUCAGACAGAUAAACAGACUGCCUACCUGAAACUUCUGGAAGUGGAACUUUUGACAUGAGGUAGCACACACCAGUAUUCCCUAAGUUCCUCUCUUUCUAUAGUCUUUUCGUGUCUGAAGUCUGAAGGCCUCAACUCCCUCCCAUAGGAGCCACUAGUGUCAGUGAGAAAGCAUAUCAGUGAGAGACUGACUGUCAGUGAGACUACUGCCUGAGCACCCCUCCGUUAAUGUUUUAUGUACUGCAUACACUCAGCCGUGGCUGUCACAGACAGUGAUAUACACACUCUCAUCUCUCCUCUGAAACAUCACAGAGCUCCAGAGUUCAUUAAGAGGUUCAUGGAAGCUCAUUACCUCAACUGUAGCACAGAGAGAGAGAGGGAGAGCUUUCUCUAUUAAGAUUAGCUUUGAUAUUUCUAUAGGGCAGGCAGACAGGCAGGCAAACAGACAGGCAGGCAGGGGCAGGCAGGCAGGCAGGCAGAAAGACCGAUAUACAGGCUCAGAUCUAUGUGAUGCUUUUUUUAAAGGCCAAUGCAGCUGAUUUUAUUUCAAUGUCAAAUCAUUUCUGGGUAAAAUUAAGUACAGUGGCUUGCGAAAGUAUUCACCCCCCUUGACAUUUCUUCUAUUUUGUUGCCUUACAACCUGGAAUUAAAAUGGAUUUUUGGGGGGUUUGUAUAAUUUAACAUGCCUAACACUUUGAAGAUGCAAAAUAUUUUUGAUUGUGAAACAAAUAAAACAGAACUUGAGCGUGCAUAACUAUUCACACCCCCAAAGGCAAUACUUUGUAGAGCCACCUUUUGCAGCAAUUACAGCUGCAAGUCUCUUGGGGUAUGUCUCUAUAAGCUUGGCACAUCUAGCCACUGGGAUUUUUGCCCAUUCUUCAAGGCAAAACUGCUCCAGCUCCUUCAAGUUGGAUGGGUUCCGCUGGUGUACAGCAAUCUUUAAGUCAUACCACAGAUUCUCAAUUGGAUUGAAGUCUGGGCUUUGACUAGGCCAUUCCAAGACAUUUAAAUGUUUCCCCUUAAACCACUCGAGUGUUGCUUUAGCAGUAUGCUUAGGGUCAUUGUCCUGCUGGAAGGUGAACCUCCGUCCCAGUCUCAAAUCUCUGGAAGACUGAAACAGGUUUCCCUCAAGAAUUUCCCUGUAUUUAGUGCCAUCCAUCAUUCCUUCAAUUCUGACCAGUUUCCCAGUCCCUGCCGAUGAAAAACAUCCCCACAGCAUGAUGCUGCCACCACCAUGCUUCACUGUGGGGAUGGUGUUCUCGGGGUGAUGAGAGGUGUUGGGUUUGCGCCAGACAUAGCGUUUUCCUUGAUGGCCAAAAAGCUACAUUUUAGUCUCAUCUGACCAGAGUACCUUCUUCCAUAUGUUUGGGGAGUCUCCCACAUGCCUUUUGGUGAACACCAAACGUGUUUGCUUAUUUUUUUCUUUAAGCAAUGGCUUUUUUCUGGCCACUCUUCCGUAAAGCCCAGCUCUGUGGAGUGUACGGCUUAAAGUGGUCCUAUGGACAGAUACUCCAAUCUCCGCUGUGGAGCUUGGCAGCUCCUUCAGGGUUAUCUUUGGUGUCUUUGUUGCCUCUCUGAUUAAUGCCCUCCUUGCCUAGUCUGUGAGUUUUGGUGGGCGGCCCUCUCUUGGCAGGUUUGUUGUGGUGCCAUAUUCUUUCAAUUUUUUUAUAAUGGAUUUAAUGGUGCUCCGUGGGAUGUUCAAAGUUUCGGAUAUUUUUUUAUAAUCCAGCCCUGAUCUGUACUUCUCCACAACUUUGUCCCUGACCUGUUUGGAGAGCUCCUUGGUCUUCAUGGUGCUUGGUGGUGCCCCUUGCUUAGUGGUGUUGCAGACUCUGGGGCCUUUCAGAACAGGUGUAUAUAUACUGAGAUCAUGUGACACUUAGAUUGCACACAGGUGGACUUUAUUGAACUAAUUAUGUGACUUCUGAAGGUAAUUGGUUGCACCAGAUCUUAUUUAGGGGCUUCAUAGCAAAGGGGGUGAAUACAUAUGCACGCACCACUUUUCCGUUAUUUAUUUUUUGGAAUUAUUUGAAACAAGUUAUAUAUUACACCAAUUUGGACUAUUUUGUGUAUGUCCAUUACAUGAAAUCCAAAUAAAAAUAAAAUACAAUUACAGGUUGUAAUGCAACAAAAUAGGACACACGCCAAGGGGGAUGAAUACUUUUGCAAGGCCCUGUACAUUACUGUAGUAAUAGUUGUUAAUUAAAAUGGUAAGAAAGAACCAAAAAUUGCUUUUUAGCAAAAAAAUAUUUCUCAAGCAAGACUUUUGCUAGGACCUUAUGAGAGCUGGUCUGAGAAAGGGCCUAAUGGGGGGGAUAUGUAACCUGAAAACUAGCUGUUAUUGGUUUGGAACUCUUUGUUAUUGGUCUAUUAACUUAUACUGCUUAGUGAUCUCACCAGCCAAGCCAAAACUCCAACCAUGCAAAACCUGCUGAUUUUAGAAGGUUAAAAAUUUAUAUUUUUAACCAGCAACUAUAAGGACAUAACACUGAUCACAUUAUUUCAAACUUUUACAGUGUUAGUUUUAUCAGCUGUUGUACAAUAUGAUAUAAAAAACUGAGUUUUGACUGUACUGGGCCUUUGAAGUGUGUGUGUGUUUUAGACUGUUAGGUAGUAAACAAUGUGUGGUUGUUGCCCCACGGAGGCAAGAUAUUUACUGCUAGUUGCCUUGUGACGUCCCACCUGCACACGACUUCAUACAAAAUCAACAACACCACAGCUAAGAUGGGUUAGGUCAAUAAAAACAACGGUGUGAGUUGAGUUGAUAGCAUGACCAAAGUCCUAUGCUAAUCCAAGAAUGCCAUGCAUACUUUUACUUUACAUUAAGAUUAGCUGCUUAACCAUAUAAUUACUUACAGGAUGCUAUUUAACAGGAUCUCUGUGCUUAGCUACGUUUCUGUGUUGUGUUCCUGCAGGCCUAAAGACGCCAUCCGAGCACUGAAGAAGAGACUAAGUGGGAACAGGAACUACCGGGAGGUGAUGCUAGGAUUGACGGUGAGACAGGCUCUACUGAGGUUCCCAACGUGACCCACCUAAAUCUUUUCAGAUGAUAAAGAGGGUGUGUGGUGUUGAAAAGCCUAAAACAUGCAGGUUAAAUCACUGAUCAUGUGUGCAAGUGCAUCUGGAGACCCACCGGUAGAACCUGACCCCAGACCAAUCAAAUCAAGCAAUCAAUCAAAUGUAUAUUAUAAAGCCCUUCUUACAGCGGCAGUUGUCACAAAGCACUCAAGACCCACCAUUUGGAAAACACUGGAUGAGCACACCAGCAGGGACAGAGAGAGAAUACGUCCAGAGCUAGGCCUAGAUCCAAACAAUGCUUACUGCCUGAACUUACCCUCAACAACAACCGAGUCUAGGGGAAGCGAAACAAACAAAUAGACCUUUCACAUUUAGAGCACACUUACCACAUUUGCAAACACGCCUGCAUGCUUAACUAGGACAGUGCUAUUAUCUGUUACACUUGUUCUUCAAUCCUGAGCUUCCAAAAGCCACCUAUACAGACACACACACGUUCAUGAAUUAGCUGGGGGGUAUGGGGUAGCACUCGUAAUACUUGAUCUGUCGAGUAUUGUCUGCUGUGUCUUCUCCCUCAGGCGAUUUCUCAUCUGUUAUGUUUUUUUCUCUCUUCCUAUUUUAUUUUGUUUAUGUGUUUCUUGCUUUUUUAGCUACAUCCAUCCAGCCCUUUGAUCUGUGUGCUAGUUAAAAGCUCCUGUAUUCCGUGUCAGAUGAAAGAAGUCAGAUCUUUGUGAAUAUCUGAGCACACAUCUCUCUAGGGAGAUUCUCUCUAUCAUUCUUUCUCUUUCUCUCAUCCUAAUGUUUUACCUCUCUCUCUCUCUCUGCAUGUACUGCAGUUUUAUGUCUGUGUGUUUCUUGGUUUCUCUGUGUUGUGGUCAGCUAAUGGAGGCAAGUAUGACAGCACUCCAUUCUAUCCCAGCUCUGUCUUGAGAUUAAUAGAGUCAAUGAGUAGAAUGUUGAAACAUGUCUUACUACAGUAACAUAUGGACCUUCUUUUUGGACCAUAUGACAUGUUCACAUGGAACCUUUAUAAAGUGAUGUUGUUCCAGAGAACUAGAAUAUGAGAAUAUCCUUUCUGGCGGGGUCGGAGGGGGGGGGGGUUGGGGAUGAGGGGGGGGGGGCGGCGGGGGAGGUAGGGGAGGAGGGCGUGGAGGGAGGAGGCAGGAGGGGGUCGGGGGGGGGGGUGUAGUGAGAUGAGUGGCGUUGAUCGGAUAGGAGUUAUGGAUGUCUGAGUUGAGGCGGGAUGUUAGGAUCUUUCUUUUUGCGUUUUUUCGUUAUUUCGUUUUCUUUCUUUCUUUUCUUUUUUCUUCUUUCUUUCGUUCUUUCUUUUUUCUUUCUUUCUUCUUUCUUUUUCUUUCUUUCUUUCUUUCUUUCUUUCUUUCUUUCUUUCUUUCUUUCUUUCUUUCUUUCUUUCUUUCUCUCUCCAGGUGUUGGAGACGUGUGUAAAGAACUGCGGCCACCGGUUUCACGUCUUCGUGGCUAACCGGGAUUUCAUUGAUGGUGUCCUCGUCAAAAUCAUCUCCCCCAAAACCAACCCCCCCACCAUCGUACAGGAAAAAGUCCUGGCUCUGAUCCAGGUACAGCACAUAAUAUCUAUCUAAGAAACCCCUAGGUACUUUUCCAUCUGAGAGGAGUGGAUAGGUAUAAGUAACUUGGUGAACAUUUCACCAAGCCCAUCAGAGAGCAAGGUGGAGCUACAACCUCCCAUCUCUCACGCAUUAGACAGAGCUAUAAGAGGCCAGGCUACAGCAGUUAUGAAAACCCUACAUCCAAAAUUAGUCCAGACACCUCAAACAAACCCCUCUAAAUACAGUGAGAGGAGGAGAGAGGACACCUUCUACCUGAGCAGCUCCAGGCAGGUAACCAGAGACCGAACACACAAACACACAGGACUGAUGUCAGCAACACAACACCUGGGCCCCUCACCAUUUGGCCUUCAUCUAGCCACUCCUCUCAGAUGUCCACCAGUGCCUAGGAUGUAGCGGCUAGGGGUUGUUUCCGGACACGGCCUUAUUCUGUGUUUGUCUGUGUGUUGCCAGGCCUGGGCGGAUGCCUUCAGGAGUAGCCCUGACCUGACGGGGGUGGUCCAUAUUUAUGAGGAGCUGAAGAGGAAAGGCAUCGAGUUCCCCAUGGCUGACCUGGACGCUCUGUCACCCAUCCACACACCACAUAGGGUGAGACCCAACACGCACACACACACACACACACACCACAGAGGGUGAGACCCAACACGCACACACACACAUCACACCACAGAGGGUGAGACCCAACAUGCACACACACACACACACCACAGAGGGUGAGACCCAACACGCACACACACACACACACACACCACAGAGGGUGAGACCCAACACGCCACACACACACACACACCACAGAGGGUGAGACCCAACACGCACACACACACACACACCACAGAGGGUGAGACCCAACACGCACACACACACAUCACACCACAGAGGGUGAGACCCAACACGCACACACACAUCACACCACAGAGGGUGAGACCCAACACACACCACACAUCACACCACAGAGGGUGAGACCCAACACACACACACACAUCACACCACAGAGGGUGAGACCCAACACACACACGCAUAUAUGAACGCAUGCUACAGAGGGUGCCACAAACACACACAAGCAUGCACGCACCCACGCUACAGAGAUAAAAUAAUCUGAAGCAGUGACCAUACUGCCGUAGUAGCAGCACUGUACUAACUAACUUCAUGUUGUGUUCUCUCUACAGGGUCUACCAGAGGUGGACCCGGCUGUACUAAAGUACAAAGCCCCCGUCCAGCCCCACGCUGCAGCCACAGCCACAGCUACAGCCACCCUCCCCAAGCCUGCAGCCGCCCCGGCUCCAGCCCCAGCCCCCGCCGCUCUCACCCCCGUCCUACAGAUACCACACAUCCCCAACGUACAGGGCCCCAUCACCGCCAACCCUGAACAGGUGAGGAUAAAGAUGGCCUCUGAAGGCUAAUGUUAAACUACUACCAGGGUCAUGUUCAUUAGGCCCAAAACGGAAGAAAACAGACUGGAACAGAGGGAGGGGGUGGCUACCUAGACGUUGCCCAAUAAGAAACCAAGUAUCGCCUGUCCUGAGGGUUGCGUCGAAGAACUUGAUAUGCAUAAUAUGGGGGUGCAUCUCACUAGUGUUAAGGUGCUUCCUCUUCUCUCCUCCUCUUCCCCUCCUCUCCUCUCCUCUUCUUCCCUUACUCUCCUUCAAUUGCCCACUGCACUGGAAUGACAUAUGUGAGAACCAUAUGGCACUUGUUUUCACCUAUCAAGUUCUAAUAGAUUAGUGAGGAUGAAGGAAAGGAUAUUAGAAGAUGAGGAGGAAGCCACUUUGACAAUUGAGACGCAUCCUGUAGGCCUUUAUGCACAAUCUUGGGCCCUCUUUGAAAACUGUCAACAUACUGCCUUCCUUCCUCCCCUCCUUGGAGUUAUCAUUACAUUUACAUUUUAGUCAUUUAGCAGACGCUCUUAUCCAGAGCGACAUACAGUUAGUGAGUUUAUCACUGAUGUAACAUACUGAGAUAGGCGAAAGCAAGGGUGCCUCCACUUAGCUUUGAUCAGAUCAGGGAAGACUUUCUCUCUCUGACCCUUGACCCCUGUGUGUCCUCCUCAGAUCGCCCGGCUGCGCAGUGAACUGGACAUUGUGAGGGGAAACACCAAAGUGAUGUCAGAGAUGCUGACGGAGAUGGUGCCUGGACAGGAGGACUCCUCGGACCUGGAACUCCUUCAGGUCAGAAUAUAAACUACACCCAGCAUAGAAAUACAAUUACAGAACAUUGACUUGAAUGGGGAUGCCGUUCUAGUAAUUAUAUUUCUAAAACUCCAGGUCAGAUACUACAUCCCCCAUAGAAAUAGAAUUACAACACAACAUUGACUUGAAUGGGGAUGUCCAUUCUAGUAAUUAUAUUUAUCUGACGCCCUUAUACUACAAAAAAUAUAUCACUGUAUUGGUCCAAACUGUGGAAGCUUUUCAUCAUGGAGAAUUUGAGACAGCUGUGUACUGCACGCAAAAAAUUAAUAAAAGGAAUUCACCAGUAGCGCUCCAUCUGUUUUUAGUUUUUAUUUUACCCCUAAAUACAAGUAUAAACCUUCCCUGCUGUAGUCACCCUGCUGCUCAACUGAAAUGUGUUGGAACUCAUUUAUCCCACUAGGGGGAGUCGUACCAUCAUAGUACCACCACUCUACAUUUUACAUUUACAUUUUAGUCAUUUAGCAGACACUCUUAUCCAGAGCGACUUACAGUUAGUGAGUGCAUACAUUUUCAUACUGGCCCCCCAUGGGAAACGAACCCACAACCCUGGCGUUGCAAGCACCAUGCUCUACCAACUGAGCUACAGGGGACUCUAGAGGGAGUAGUAUCACCAUAGUACCACCACUCUAGAGGGAGUAGUCAGUACCACCACCUAGGGAGGUACCUACCACUAGUACCACCACUCUAGAGGGGAAAUAGUACCACCAUAGUACCACCACUCUAGAGGGAGUAGUACCACAUAGUACCACCACUAGGGGAGUAGUACCACCAUAGUACCACCACUCUAGAGGGAGUAGUACCACCAUAGUACCACCACUCUAGAGGGAGUACUACCACCAUAGUACCACCACUCUAGAGGGAGUAGUACCACCAUAGUACCACCACUCUAGAGGGAGUAGUACCACCAUAGUACCACCAUAGUACCACCACUCUAGAGGGAGUAGUACCACCAUAGUACCACCACUCUAGAGGGAGUAGUACCACCAUAGUACCACCACUCUAGAGGGAGUAGUACCACCAUAGUACCACCACUCUAGAGGGAGUAGUACCAUAGUACCACCAUAGUACCACCACUCUAGAGGGAGUAGUACCACCAUAGUACCACCACUCUAGAGGGAGAUAGUACCACCAUAGUACCACACACUUAGAGGGAGUAGUACACCAUAGUGACCACCACUCUAGAGGGAGUAGUACACCAUAGACCACCAUAAGUUACACAACCACUCUAGAGGGGAGUAGUAUCACCAUAGUACCACCACUCUAGAGGGGAGUAGUACCACCAUAGUACCACCACUCUAGAGGGAGUAGUACCACCAUAGUACCACCACUCUAGAGGGAGUAGUACUACACCAUAGUACCACCACUCUAGAGGGAGUAGUACCACCAUAGGACCACCACUCUAGAGGGAGUAGUACCACCAUAGUACCACCACUCUAGAGGGAGUAGUAUCACCAUAGGACCACCACUCUAGAGGGAGUAGUACCACCAUAGGACCACCACUCUAGGGGGAGUAGUACCACCAUAGUACCACCACUCUAGAGGGAGUAGUACACCAUAGUACCACCACUCUAGAGGGAGUAGUAUCACCAUAGUACCACCACUCUAGAGGGAGUAGUAUCACCAUAGGACCACCACUCUAGAGGGAGUAGUAUCACCAUAGGACCACCACUCUAGAGGGAGUAGUACCACCAUACUACCACCACUCUAGAGGGAGUAGUAUCACCAUAGUACCACCACUCUAGAGGGAGUAGUACCACCACUCUAGAGGGAGUAGUAUCACCAUAGUACCACCACUCUAGAGGGAGGAGGAGUGAAUGCUAAAUAUUACUGUACUGUACUUUCUUAAGUGACAGUUGGUGUAGGGUGAAGUUGCCCCUAGAUGCUGAUCUUGGGUCAGUUUAGCAUUUAAUUGGUUGAGGUGAAGCUGAUCCUAGAUCUGUACCUAGGGCUCGAUUCAAACCGCAACACCGAAGUUUUUUGUAUUUUACCUUUAUUUAACUAGGCAAGUCAGUUAAGAACAAAUUCUUAUUUACAAUGACGGCCUACACCGGCCAAACCCGGACGACGCUGGGCCAAUUGUGCGCCGCCCUAUGGGACUCCCAAUCACGGCCGGUUGUGAUACAGCCUGGAAUCGAACCAGGGGGUCUGUAGUGACGCCUCAAGCACUGAGAUGCAGUGCCUUAGACCACUGCGCCACUUGGGAGCCCAAGCAUGCUUGAAAUUUUAAAGGUAGUUUCCGAUUGAGCCGACAUGCAGCGUUUACCGUGAAUGCAGUCUCCGUGAACGCGGGAAGAUUGCCUUGAAAUUUCAAUCGCGCUGUAGCUCUGAACUUUCGGCGAUACGGAUUGAAUCGAGCCCCUAUAGGGGAAACUUCACUCCGCAGCGUGACAGACCACUGCCUGUGGUCAAAUUCCAAGAACUGACCACUAAGCACGCUCUCAGAACCUCAAAGAGAAUGUAAGCUUCAGUGUUUUAAUUAAAUCCCCUACAGAAUCCGGGUCUUGUGACACAUACCACAUAACCACUAGGCUUGAUAAAGCAGAGCUGGCUGAGCUGUAGCGUUUCAGUAUUGCUCCAAGCACUGAACCAAUAGACUAGAAUCAAUGUGGUUCUCAAUUAAGCAAAGGUGGGUCGUAUUCAUUAGGCACCAAUGGAAGAAAACAUAUUGAAACAGGGAGGGACUACCUGAAACACACAUUUUUGCUACGUUGUGCCCCAAUGAAUACGACACUGGAUACCCUUUGUAGUUCAGACUGAGGUGAUAGAUAGGUAUUUGAAUCAGGUGACCUUUCCACUGUUUUGUGAGGUGACUUUAGGUAAUACAGUUAAACUGUGAUUCAAAAAAUGUAAUGUAAGUGUUGUGAUUUCUCUUACUCAGUAACACAACUGAGUCUAAUUAUGGACAUUUAUGGCUAUUGGCUAGCUAGAGACCUGUUUUAGGGAAUUCUAGUCAUCGACCUUCUGAGUGACAGACAGACUCUCACCUUUCCAUCAGUGAUGCCCUGUCCUCACCCUGUGUGUGUGUGUGUGUGUGUGUGUGUGUGUGUGUGUGUGUGUGUGUGUGUGUGUGUGUGUGUGUGUGUGUGUGUGUGUGUGUGUGUGUGUGUGUGUGUGUGUAGGAGCUGAACAGGACGUGCAGGGCCAUGCAGCAGCGGGUGGUGGAGCUGAUCUCCCGGGUCUCCAACGAGGAGGUGACAGAGGAGCUGCUGCACGUCAACGACGACCUCAACAACAUCUUCCUACGAUACGAGAGGUAACACACACACAUGGGCAUGACAAUACACACAAACACACACAAUUUAGCUUACCUGACUUCUUACGCUUACAGCUACACAAAGCCCACUGGUGAACGAGGAUAUCUACUCUGUGACAUAAUGUUGGCAUGUAGAGCACAUAGUUCCAGCAGGCCCUACCUACAAGAACAGAGUUAAACAUCUUAGGCCUUGGGGACCUAUCUGGAGCACACACUUCUAUUAAACAUUUGAUGGCCUCAAAAAGUCAAAGCGUUCCUUUCAUGUUUGUUUUUUAGAGAUGAAAGAAAUGUAAAUGUAUGAUUCAUGCCGAUGCCUACGUGUUCGUUACGUUGAACUCAGAGGACUUGUCUUGUUGUGUGUUGCAGGUAUGAGAGGUACCGGUCGGGUAGAGCGGCUCAGAAUAACGGGGUGAGUUAUCUUACUGCAUCUAUGAACAACUCAACAGGAGUGGAUAUACAGGGCCUUGCAAAAGUAUUCAUCCGCCUUGGCGUUUGUGCUAUUUUGUUGCAUUACAACCUGUAAUUCAAAUUGAUUUUUAUUUGGAUUACAUGUAAUGGACAUACACAAAAUAGUCCAAAUUGGUGAAGUGAAAUAAAAAAAAUUACUUGUUUCAAAAAAUCCUAAAAAAUAAAUUACGGAAAAGUGGUGCGUGCAUAUGUAUUCACCCCCUUUGCUAUGAAGCCCCUAAAUAAGAUCUGGUGCAACCAAUUACCUUCAGAAGUCACAUAAUUAGUUCAAUAAAGUCCACCUGUGUGCAAUCUAAGUGUCACAUGAUCUGCCACAUGAUCUCAGUAUAUAUACACCUGUUCUGAAAGGCCCCAGAGUCUGCAACACCAUUAAGCAAGGGGCACCACCAAGCAAGCGGCACCAUGAAGACCAAGGAGCUCUCCAAACAGGUCAGGGACAAAGUUGUGGAGAAGUACAGAUCAGGGUUGGGUUAUAAAACAAUAUCUGAAACUUUGAACAUCCCACGGAGCACCAUUUAAAUCCAAUAUUAAAAAAUGGAACGAAUAUGGCACCACAACAAACCUGCCAAGAGAGGGCCGCCCACCAAAACUCACAGACCAGGCAAGGAGGGUAUUAAUCAGAGAGGCAACAAAGACACCAAAGAUAACCCUACAGGAGCUGCACAUUUCCACAGCGGAGAUUGGAGUAUCUGUCCAUAGGACCACUUUAAGCCGUACACUCCACAGAGCUUUUAUGGAAGAGUGGCCAGAAAAAAGCCAUUGCUUAAAGAAAAAAAUAAGCAAACACGUUUGGUGUUUGCCAAAAGGCAUGUGGGAGACUCCCCAAACAUAUGGAAGAAGGUACUCUGGUCAGAUGAGACUAAAAUUGAGCUUUUUGGCCAUCAAGGAAAACGCUAUGUCUGGCGCAGACCCAACACCUCUCAUCACCCCGAGAACACCAUCCCCACAGUGAAUCAUGGUGGUGGCAGCAUCAUGCUGUGGGGAUGUUGUUCAUCGGCAGGGACUGCGAAAACUGGUCAGAAUUGAAGGAAUGAUGGAUGGAGCUAAAUACAGGGAAAUUCUUGAGGGAAACCUGUUUCAGUCUUCCAGAGAUUUCAAACUGGGACGGAGGUUCACCUUCCAGCAGGACAAUGACGCUAAGCAUACUGCUAAAGCAACACUCGAGUAGUUUAAGGGGAAACAUUUAAAUGUUUUGGAAUGGCCUAGUCAAAGCCCAGACCUCAAUCCAAUUGAGAAUCUGUGGUAUGACUUAUAGAUUUCUCUACACCAGCGGAACCCAUCCAACUUGAAGGAGCUGGAGCAGUUUUGCCUUGAAGAAUGGGGAAAAAUCCCAGUGGCUAGAUGUGCCAAGCGUAUAGAGACAUACCCCAAGAGACUUGCAGCUGUAAUUGCUGCAAAAGGUGGCUCUACAAAGUAUUGACUUUGGGGGGGUGAAUAUUUAUGCACGCUCAAGUUUUCUAUUUUUUUGUUUUAUUUCUUGUUUGUUUCACCAAAAAAAACAUUUUGCAUCUUCAAAGUGGUAGGCAUGUUGUGUAAAUCAAAUGAUACAAACCCCCCAAAAAUCCAUUUUAAUUCCAGGUUGUAAGGCAACAAAAUAGGAAAAAUGCCAAGGGGGGUGAAUACUUUCGCAAGCCACUGUACAUGUUACUAUCUGUCAGUUUGUUGUGAUUACCACAAUGCUCUACCCACACAAUCACACAUGCUUACUUUACACACUCACUCACAACACACACACUUCAACACACACACACUUCCACAUUUCCACACUCAUCACAUACGCUGCUGUUACUGUCUAUUAUCUAUCCUGUUGCCUAGUCACUUUAUCCCUACAUAUACAGUGGGGAAAAAAAGUAUUUAGUCAGCCACCAAUUGUGCAAGUUCUCCCACUUAAAAAGAUGAGAGAGGCCUGUAAUUUUCAUCAUAGGUACACGUCAACUAUGACAGACAAAAUGAGAAUUUUUUUUCCAGAAAAUCACAUUGUAGGAUUUUUAAUGAAUUUAUUUGCAAAUUAUGGUGGAAAAUAAGUAUUUGGUCAAUAACAAAAGUUUCUCAAUACUUUGUUAUAUACCCUUUGUUGGCAAUGACACAGGUCAAACGUUUUCUGUAAGUCUUCACAAGGUUUUCACACACUGUUGCUGGUAUUUUGGCCCAUUCCUCCAUGCAGAUCUCCUCUAGAGCAGUGAUGUUUUGGGGCUGUCGCUGGGCAACACGGACUUUCAACUCCCUCCAAAGAUUUUCUAUGGGGUUGAGAUCUGGAGACUGGCUAGGCCACUCCAGGACCUUGAAAUGCUUCUUACGAAGCCACUCCUUCGUUGCCCGGGCGGUGUGUUUGGGAUCAUUGUCAUGCUGAAAGACCCAGCCACGUUUCAUCUUCAAUGCCCUUGCUGAUGGAACGAGGUUUUCACUCAAAAUCUCACGAUACAUGGCCCCAUUCAUUCUUUCCUUUACACGGAUCAGUCGUCCUGGUCCCUUUGCAGAAAAACAGCCCCAAAGCAUGAUGUUUCCACCCCCAUGCUUCACAGUAGGUAUGGUGUUCUUUGGAUGCAACUCAGCAUUCUUUGUCCUCCAAACACGACGAGUUGAGUUUUUACCAAAAAGUUAUAUUUUGGUUUCAUCUGACCAUAUGACAUUCUCCCAAUCCUCUUCUGGAUCAUCCAAAUGCACUCUAGCAAUCUUCAGACGGGCCUGGACAUGUACUGGCUUAAGCAGGGGGACACGUCUGAAACUGCAGGAUUUGAGUCCCUGGCGGCGUAGUGUGUUACUGAUGGUAGGCUUUGUUACUUUGGUCCCAGCUCUCUGCAGGUCAUUCACUAGGUCCCCCCGUGUGGUUCUGGGAUUUUUGCUCACCGUUCUUGUGAUCAUUUUGACCCCACGGGGUGAGAUCUUGCGUGGAGCCCCAGAUCGAGGGAGAUUAUCAGUGGUCUUGUAUGUCUUCCAUUUCCUAAUAAUUGCUCCCACAGUUGAUUUCUUCAAACCAAGCUGCUUACCUAUUGCAGAUUCAGUCUUCCCAGCCUGGUGCAGGUCUACAAUUUUGUUUCUGGUGUCCUUUGACAGCUCUUAGGUCUUGGCCAUAGUGGAGUUUGGAGUGUGACUGUUUGAGGUUGUGGACAGGUGUCUUUUAUACUGAUAACAAGUUCAAACAGGUGCCAUUAAUACAGGUAACGAGUGGAGGACAGAGGAGCCUCUUAAAGAAGAAGUUACAGGUCUGUGAGAGCCAGAAAUCUUGCUUGUUUGUAGGUGACCAAAUACUUAUUUUCCACCAUAAUUUGCAAAUAAAUUCAUAAAAAUCCUACAAUGUGAUUUUCUGGGAUUUUCUUUUCUCAAUUUGUCUGUCAUAGUUGACGUGUACCUAUGAUGAAAAUUACAGGCCUCUCUCAUCUUUUUAAGUGGGAGAACUUGCACAAUUGGUGGCUGACUAAAUACUUUUUUUCCCCACUGUAUGUACAUAUCUACCUCAAUUACCUCGUACCCCUGCACAUUGACUGGGUACUGCUACCCCAUGUAAAUAGCCAAGCUGUCAUUACUCAUUGUGGAUUUAUUCCUCGUGCCAUCAUUUUUAAAUAUUAUUAUAAUAUAUUUUUUUAUUGUAUUCUGCAUUGUUGGGAAGGGGCCGUAAGUAAGCAUUUCACUGUUAGUCUACACAUGUUGUUUACGAAGCAUGUGACAAAUAACAUUUGAUUUGAUUAUGUCUGAUUUGUUUCAGUGCAUUUUCAAUGUGAUAUGAUUUAGAUUGUCAAUGUUUGUGACUGAUUUGCUGCAUGUAUAGCAGUUUUAUGUCUCUGUGUGUUUCUCUGUUUCUUUGUGUCGUGGUCAGCUAAUGGAGGCAAGUAUGACAGCACUCCAUUCUAUCCCAGCUCUGUCUUGAGAUGAAUAGAGUCAAUAAGGAAAAUGUUGAAACAUGUCUUACUACAGUAAGACCAAAUGACAUGUUCACAUGGAACCUUUUAUAUAGUGGUGUUGUUCCAGAGAACUAGAAUAUGAAGUCAUUCUGUGUUCCAAUGGCACGUUGUGUUUGCUAAUCCAAGUUUAUCAUUUUAAAAGGCUAAUUGAUCAUUAGAAAACCCUUUUGCAAUUAUGUUAGCACAGCUGAAAACUGUUGUGCUGAUUUAAAUAAGCAAUAAAACUGGCCUUCUUGAGACUAGUUGAGUAUCUGGAGCAUCAGAAAUUGUGGGUUCGAUUACAGGAUCAAAAUGGGCAGAAACAAAUAACUUUCUUCUGAAACUCGUCAGUCUAUUCUUGUUCUGAGAAAUUAAGGCUAUUCCAUGCGAGAAAUUGCCAAGAAACUGAAGAUCUCGUACAACGCUGUGUACUACUCCCUUCACAGAACAGUGCAAACUGGCUCUAACCAGAAUAGAAAGAGGAAUAGUUAAAUUAAAUAGUACCCGCAAUACACCAGUCUCAACGUCAACAGUGAAGAGGCGACUCCGGGAUGCUGACCUUCUAGGCAGAGUUGCAAAGAAAAAGCCAUAUCUCAGACUGGGCAAUAAAAAUAAAAGAUUAAGAUGGGCAGACUGAGAUAUGGCUUUUUCUUUGCAACUCUGCCUAGAAGGUCAGUUUGCACUGUUCUGUGAAGGGAGUAGUACACAGCGUUGUACGAGAUCUUCAGUUUCUUGGCAAUUUCUCGCAUGGAAUAGCCUUAAUUUCUCAGAACAAGAAUAGACUGACGAGUUUCAGAAGAAAGUUAUUUGUUUCUGCCCAUUUUGAGCCUGUAAUCGAACCCACAAUUGCUGAUGCUCCAGAUACUCAACUAGUCUCAAGAAGGCCAGUUUUAUUGCUUCUUUAAAUCAGCACAACAGUUUUCAGCUGUGCUAACAUAAUUGCAAAAGGGUUUUCUAAUGAUCAAUUAGCCUUUUCAAAUUAUAAACUUGGAUUAGCAAACACAACGUGCCACUGGAACACAGGACUGAUGGUUGCUGAUAAUGGGCCUCUGUACGCCUAUGUAGACCAUAAAAAAUCAGCAGUUUCCAGCUACAAUAGCCUUUUACAACAUUAACAAUGUCUACACUGUAUUUCUGAUCAAUUUGAUGUUAUUUUAAUGGACAAAAAAAUUGCUUUUCUUUUGAAAACAAGGACAUUUCUAAGUGACCCCAAACUUUUGAACGGUAGUAUAUGUAUAUACAUUGGGGAGAACAAGUAUUUGAUACACUGCCGAUUUUUGCAGGUUUUCCUACUUACAAAGCAUGUAGAGGUCUGUAAUUGUUAUCAUAGGUACACUUCAACUGUGAGAGACGGAAUCUAAAACAAAAAUCCAGAAAAUCACAUUGUAUGAUUUUUAAGUAAUUAAUUUGCAUUUUAUUGCAUGACAUAAGUAUUUGAUACAUCAGAAAAGCAGAACUUAAUAUUUGGUAGAGAAACCUUUGUUUGCAAUUACAGAGAUCAUACGUUUCCUGUAGGUCUUGACCAGGUUUGCACAUCCUGCAGCAGGGAUUUUGGCCCACUCCUCCAUACAGACCUUCUCCAGAUCCUUCAGGUUUCGGGGCUGUCGCUGGGCAAUACGGACUUUCAGCUCCCUCCAAAGAUUUUCUAUUGGGUUCAGAUCUGGAGACUGGCUAGGCCACUCCAAGAACUUGAGAUGCUUCUUACGGAGCCACUCCUUAGUUGCCCUGGCUGUGUGUUUCGGGUCGUUGUCAUGCUGGAAGACCCAGCCACGACCCAUCUUCAAUGCUCUUACUGAGGGAAGGAGGUUGUUGGCCAAGAUCUCGUGAUACAUGGCGAGUGGAGUUUAGACCAAAAAGCUCUAUUUUUGUCUCAUCAGACCACAUGACCUUCUCCCAUUCCUCCUCUGGAUCAUCCAGAUGGUCAUUGGCAAACUUCAGACCGGCCUGGACAUGCGCUGGCUUGAGCAGGGGGACCUUGCGUGCGCUGCAGGAUUUUAAUCCAUGACGGCGUAGUGUGUUACUAAUGGUUUUCUUUGAGACUGUGGUCCCAGCUCUCUUCAGGUCAUUGACCAGGUCCUGCCGUGUAGUUCUGGGCUGAUCCCUCACCUUCCUCAUGAUCAUUGAUGCCCCACGAGGUGAGAUCUUGCAUGGAGCCCCAGACCAAGGGUGAUUGACCGUCAUCUUGAACUUCUUCCAUUUUCUAAUAAUUGCGCUAACAGUUGUUGCCUUCUCACCAAGCUGCUUGCCUAUUAUGCUGUAGCCCAUCCCAGGCUUGUGCAGGUCUACAAUUUUAUCCCUGAUGUCCUUACACAGCUCUCUGGUCUUGGCCAUUGUGGAGACGUUGGAGUCUGUUUGAUUGAGUGUGUGGACAGGUGUCUUUUAUACAGGUAACGAGUUCAAACAGGUGCAGUUAAUACAGGUAAUGAGUGGAGAACAGGAGGGCUUCUUAAAGACAAACUAACAGGUCUGUGAGAGCCGGAAUUCUUACUGGUUGGUAGGUGAUCAAAUACUUAUGUCAUGCAAUAAAAUGCAAAAUAUUACUUAAAAAUCAUACAAUGUGAUUUUCUGGAUUUUUGUUUUUGAUUCCGUCUCUCACAGUUGAAGUGUACCUAUGAUAAAAAUUACAGACCUCUACAUGCUUUGUAAGUAGGAAAACCUGCAAAAUCGGCAGUGUAUCAAAUACUUGUUCUCCCCACUGUAUAUAUAUAUAUAUAUAUAUAAGCAAACCCCUCUGAUGUCCAUAGUCUAAAAUAGAGGACAGUGAUGUGUUGGACCAGUAGACAUCUCCAGUACCUCCUACCUCUGUUAAUCUUCUCUACAGGAGCCACCGCUGUAUGUGUGUUGACUGUGUUCUGUUGUGUCUCCCUCCAGAUGCUGAGCGAAGCCACAGAGGACAACCUGAUAGACCUAACGCCAGGCUCGCCCGCUGUGGUCAGCCUCCGAGCCACCCCCACACCACCAUCCAGCGUCCCCCCCGUAGCCGCCCCCAGGGCUGGGGCUACAGGGGCUGCAGCCUCCCCUGCCCGGACCCCGGCCCUGAUCCAAGACCCUACCUCCGGCCCCUCAACUCUGUCCACUCAGCUCGCUGGCCUAGGUAAGGAUGGGGAAGGGUUCAAUAGGAACAUAAAUGGUACACUGUGUACUGUAUACAAAUGCAUUAUACUGCAAUGAUGCGUAGCCUAUAGCAUGCAACACACCGCCCAUACAUACAUGCAGCCCCAGCCCUGCCUUACACACACACACACACACACACACACACACACACACACACACACACACACACACACACACAGUGGAGUGUAAGAAGGUUUAUAAUCAGGGAAAUAAGCCCUGCUCCAUAACUCUCAUAAUGCACUGUAAAUGACUCCCCUGUUAGCCUAAAUGAUGUUGCUGCACUCUGUGGCACUAUGCUCUGGCUGAGGCCUUAGAUAGAGAAAAAUGCCUUAGCAGGCAGGGGGAGAACAUGGUAGAAUAUGCUCCUUUGAUCUAUAGUGCUUGCGUUUCAAAUGGCACUCUAUUGCCUAUGUAGUGCACUACUUUUGACCAGGGCCCAUCGGGAAUAGGGUGCCAUUUGGGACGCACACAGUGAGUGGAGUAAGAGAGGUGCUUCUGAAUUAUGAGGGAUUUUAGAGGACUGGUGAAGGAUGAUGACUGUUAUUGAUUCUAGAGGACUGGCGCAGGAUGAUGACUGUCAUUGAUUCUAGAGGAUUGGUUCAGCAUGAUGACUGUCAUUGAUUCUAGAGGACUGGUGAAGGAUGAUGACUGUCAUUGAUUCCAGAGGACUGGUGCAGGAUGUUGACUCAUUGAUUCUAGUGGACUGGUGCAGGAUGAUGACUGUUAUUAAUUCUAGAGGACUGGCGCAGGAUGAUGACUGUCAUUGAUUUUAGAGGACUGGCGCAGGAUGAUGACUGUCAUUGAUUUUAGAGGACUGGCGCAGGAUGAUGACUGUUAUUGAUUCUAGAGGACUGGCGCAGGAUGAUGACUGUCAUUGAUUUUAGAGGACUGGCGCAGGAUGAUGACUGUCAUUGGUUCUAGAGCACUGGUGCAGGAUGAUGACUGUAAUUAAUUCUAGAGGACUGGUGCAGGAUGAUGACUGUCAUUGAUUCCAGAGGACUGGUGCAGGAUGAUGACUGUCAUUGAUUCCAGAGGACUGGCGCAGGAUGUUGACUCAUUGAUUCUAGAGGACUGGCGCAGGAUGAUGACUGUUAUUGAUUCUAGAGGACUGGCGCAGGAUGAUGACUGUUAUUGAUUCUAGAGGACUGGCACAGGAUGAUGACUGUCAUUGAUUCUAGAGGACUGGUGCAGGAUGAUGACUGUAAUUGAUUCUAGAGGACUGGUGCGGGAUGAUGACUGUCAUUGAUUCCAGAGGACUGGUGCAGGAUGAUGACUCAUUGAUUCCAGAGGACUGGCGCAGGAUGAUGACUGUCAUUGAUUGUAGAGGACUGGUGCAGGAUGAUGACUGUUAUUGAUUCUAGAGGACUGGUGCAGGAUGAUGACUGUCAUUGAUUCCAGAGGACUGGCGCAGGAUGAUGACUGCCAUUGAUUCCAGAGGACUGGCGCAGGAUGAUGACUGUCAUUGAUUUUAGAGGACUGGUGCAGGAUGAUGACUGUAAUUGAUUCUAGAGGACUGGUGCAGGAUGAUGACUCAUUGAUUCCAGAGGACUGGCGCAGGAUGAUGACUGUCAUUGAUUGUAGAGGACUGGUGCAGGAUGAUGACUGUAAUUGAUUCUAGAGGACUGGUGCAGGAUGAUGACUGUUAUUGAUUCUAGAGGACUGGCGCAGGAUGAUGACUGUUAUUGAUUCUAGAGGACUGGCACAGGAUGAUGACUGUCAUUGAUUCUAGAGGACUGGUGCAGGAUGAUGACUGUAAUUGAUUCUAGAGGACUGGUGCGGGAUGAUGACUGUCAUUGAUUCCAGAGGACUGGUGCAGGAUGAUGACUCAUUGAUUCCAGAGGACUGGCGCAGGAUGAUGACUGUUAUUGAUUGUAGAGGACUGGUGCAGGAUGAUGACUGUUAUUGAUUCUAGAGGACUGGUGCAGGAGGAUGACUGUCAUUGAUUCCAGAGGACUGGCGCAGGAUGAUGACUGCCAUUGAUUCCAGAGGACUGGCGCAGGAUGAUGACUGUCAUUGAUUUUAGAGGACUGGUGCAGGAUGAUGACUGUAAUUGAUUCUAGAGGACUGGUGCAGGAUGAUGACUCAUUGAUUCCAGAGGACUGGCGCAGGAUGAUGACUGUCAUUGAUUGUAGAGGACUGGUGCAGGAUGAUGACUGUAAUUGAUUCUAGAGGACUGGUGCAGGAUGAUGACUGUCAUUGAUUCCAGAGGACUGGUGCAGGAUGAUGACUCAUUGAUUCCAGAGGACUGGCGCAGGAUGAUGACUGUCAUUGAUUGUAGAGGACUGGUGCAGGAUGAUGACUGUUAUUGAUUCUAGAGGACUGGUGCAGGAUGAUGACUGUCAUUGAUUCCAGAGGACUGGCGCAGGAUGAUGACUGCCAUUGAUUCCAGAGGACUGGCGCAGGAUGAUGACUGUCAUUGAUUUUAGAGGACUGGUGCAGGAUGAUGACUGUAAUUGAUUCUAGAGGACUGGUGCAGGAUGAUGACUCAUUGAUUCCAGAGGACUGGCGCAGGAUGAUGACUGUCAUUGAUUGUAGAGGACUGGUGCAGGAUGAUGACUGUUAUUGAUUCUAGAGGACUGGUGCAGGAUGAUGACUGUCAUUGAUUCCAGAGGACUGGCGCAGGAUGAUGACUGCCAUUGAUUCCAGAGGACUGGCGCAGGAUGAUGACUGUCAUUGAUUCUAGAGGACUGGUGCAGGAUGAUGACUGUCAUUGAUUCUAGAGGACUGGUGCAGGAUGAUGACUGUCAUUGAUUCCAGAGGACUGGUGCAGGAUGAUGACUGUUAUUGUGGACAUUUAGAUCUCAUCUCUCUUUUACUCUCUUCCCUACACCCCCUUUUACACCCUCUCUUUCUCUCUUCCUUUCUUUCUCUUCCCUCCUCUCCUCUCUCUCUCUCUCUCUCUCUCUCUGCCUCUCUCUCUCUCUCUCUCUGCCUCUCUCUCUCUCUCUCUCUGAAUCUCUCUCUCUCUCUGCCUCUCUCUCUCUCCCUAUCUCCCUCUACCUCUGCCCCUCUCUCUCUCUCUCUCUCUCUCUCUCUCUCUCUCUCUCUCUCUCUCUCUCUCCCCCUCAGAUGUGGGUGGGGACAGUGUCAGUGGUACCCUGUCCUCUCUGUCGGGCCACAACCUUGGAGACGACUUUGACAUGUUCGCUCAGACCAGGACCAGCUCUCUGGCCGACCAACGCAGAAAGUAUGGCUUCUUCAAGCUUAGCUCUCCCUUUUGCUUCUAGAACCCAUUCCAAACUUCUAGAACCCUGUUACAAUGGAUUUGCAGCUUUGAUCCUGUCGGACUCGGACUGCAGUGUGUGCAGGCUUUUGGUCACAGUCCAGCAAUAGCACACCUGAUUAAUAUAAUCAAUUUAUCAUAGUCUUCUAGUUAGGCUAACAUAAAUGUAAUCUGGUGUGUUAGAGCUGGGCUGGAACAAAAUCCUGCAAUUUGCUGUCCCCCAGGACCAGAGUUGUGAAUGUGUUUUUGUCCACUCCUGUUCUAGAGCCACUCUCAGCCUUCCAGAACAAUCUCCAUGCCACACAGUGGGACUGGCUCUAACUUGUUCUCUGUUUGUGUUUUUGUGUGUGUUUGUUGUCAGUGUGAAGUACGAGGACCCUCGGGCCCUGGGCGGGCUUGCCUCGGCUCUGGAUGUCAGACAACAGAACACCACUGGAGGGGUGAGUGCACCAAAGCAUGCUGGGGGAUGUAGUUUAGAUUCACAUCCCCCCCCCACAUUGAAGUGUAGAGUGUGGUUGACGUGCUGUUAAAAUGGUUGACAAGGUUAAUCUCUCAGCCCCUGGUCUCCUCUCUCUGCAUGUGAUUGACCUCGGCUCUCUGUAGCACAAAUGGCACCCUAUUCCCUAUAUAGUGCACUGGUCAAAAGUACUAAACUAUAUAGGGAAUAGGGUGCCAUUGGACGCAGCCUCUGACAGACUUUACCAGAGUAAUACCAGAUGAAUACAGUAGUAGACCAUGGCUAGCCAGCUCUGAAUGGUGAACUACACUCUUGUAGUGUUGUAGUAACAAACACAGACAAUAAGCAUGGCUUGUAGUCUAGUAUAACUAGGUACUCUAAAGAGGUACAUGUAAUACUCUCUCUAAACAUUUUAAACUAUAAACUCCCAUUACUUGGUCAUUCUGUCAUUCCUCAGUAUAGUUUUUUUUUGGGUGUUCUUUUCUUCCUCUUGUCUUGUUCAUUGCACUCUGUAAGACAGUAUUUGGUCACGUUAUGUGUGUCAAAGAUCAUAGGAAACCAUGCUAUUGAAUUCCACUUUUUGCAUGUCACCUUUUCUCCUUCAAAUUGUCAAAACUAUUUUUUGGAUGAGUUUUUUUUCUAGUACCACAGUCAGUCAGUACUAACAAGGCACUUUGUAAUUAUCAGGUUUUACACUACUAAACUAGAUGUAGAUUCUGCACAUGUAAGGCCAGACACAAAGUAUUAUGAAAUCUACACUCUCUCUCUCACACACACACCGAUUACACAAACCGAUUACACACACCCUUCACCCUCCAGUGCCAGUUGAGAUUGCCUCAGAUGGAAUGUAACUGCCAGUCUGGGGCUUAGUGAUCAGCUGAGGGCUCAAAGUUCAAACUCCUUAUUUCCUUCCUCCUUUCCCCAUGCGUUCACCUUUUUAUUGGAAUGAUUCUGUAUUUUUCCUCUCGUCUGUUCCCCCCCAUCUUUCCUUCUCCCCAUCUUUUCUUCAGUCUGGUUUGUUGCGUUGCAUUUGAUUUCUCUGUUUCUCUCUGUGCUCUGUUGCUCUGGUCUGGGGCUUCCUCUAUCUUCAAUCUUGUGUAAGGUCUUGUUCUGUUGUUGAUUCAGCUGAGGGUGAUAGGGGAUGAUAACCCAGAGUUGGAGCUGCCCAUAGACAGCUGGCUUAUUACCCAAGGAAUGGUGAGGACUCCAUCCUCAGUGUCCUCCCCCCUAUGUCCAGUCACCCCAUCACCCAUAUCCCCCCUUCACCCCUGGCCCCCUCGUCACCAUCCAUCCAUCCCCCUGACCAUCCAUAUCCCAGCACUGAUAAACCAGCUAGCACCAACAGUAGAAUGGAGACACAUUAGAAAAAGCCAGACGACUCCUCCAAUUGUACAAUACCCACACAAUGAUGAA